UCAGUAAACAGUGCGGAGCUGUACUUUGGAGCUGUAGCUGUAGCUUCUCAACCCAAUGCUGUGGGUCAUUCUCCCUGAUAUAAACAACCGAGAACGCUCCACUUCUUUGGGCUGACAGGAUGGCCACGGUGUGUCUAAUUGUCCUCGCCACUUGCUUGUUGCUGGAGACCUACGGACUAGAAGCUGUCGUCUUGGAUGACCAGACAGGGGGUCUCCUGGGUCCAGGCCGCGUGCUGCUGCCCCGUCGCUCUGCCAACGGCGUGCUGCGGCGCCAGCGGCGCUACAACACGGGCCGGCUGGAGGAGCUCCAAAGGGACAACCUGGAGCGAGAGUGUCUGGAGGAGAGGUGCAACAUGGAGGAGGCCAGGGAGGUGUUUGAGAACAACGAGAGGACCAUGGAGUUCUGGGCCAGCUACGUUGACGGUGACCAAUGUAAACCAGAGUCUCCGUGUCAAAACGGGGGAUUGUGUAAAGACGGUGUCAACGGCUACUUCUGCUUCUGCCAAGCUGACUUCAGCGGGAAGAACUGUGAGAUAGAGAUCGCCAAGCAGUGCUCCAACAACAACGGGGGCUGUGCCCACUUCUGUGCGAUGCAGCAGGAGCGCUCCGUGUGCCAUUGUGCCCGGGGAUACAAGCUGCAGCCUGAUAGGAAGAGCUGUGAGUCAACAGAGCUGUUUGCCUGCGGUCACAUCGGCAAGCCCGCUGUGGCGGCCCGGGCAGCCGGCAGAUCGCUGGACUUGGCCCUGGUCCUGAACAUCAACGACGACCUGGCCUCCGUCUCCACCACGGUCGCCGUGCCGACGGAGGGCGGGUCAACGGAGGCGGAGCUGACAGAGGGCGGGCCGACGGAGGCGGAGCCGACAGAGGGUGGGCCGACGGAGGCGUUAAUGACGGAGGGCGGGCCGACGGAGGCAGAGCCGACAGAGGGCGGGUGGGCGGAGGGCGUGAUGACGACGGCCGCGUGGCCCGGGGAGGGAGGGAUACCCCACUGGCAGUUCUACCCCACCGUGGGCACCAUCACGUCACAGGACAACAAUGACCAGAGGAUCAUAGGAGGAAAUGAGGCCAUCCCCGGGGAGAUCCCCUGGCAGGCGUGCCUGAUGUCCAGGGGAGUGUCGUUCUGCGGCGGCUCUCUGCUCAACGAGAUCUGGGUCAUCACGGCCGCCCACUGCCUGACCGAGCACCAGCUCACCGUGGCGGACUACAUCGUACGACUGGGAGAGCACGACCUGACGGUGCAGGAGGGCCACGAGCGUGACCACACCGUGGCGGAGCAGAUCCUGCACCCGUCGUACGACAUGCACACGUCCCGCCACAACCACGACCUCGCCCUGCUGCGGCUGGCCCGCCCCGUGGAGCUGUCGGCGCGGCGGCUGCCCGUGUGUCUGGGCCCAAAGGACUUCACCGAGAAGCUGCUGACGGGGGCCGUGAGCUCCCGGGUGAGCGGCUGGGGCAAGAUCAACGCGGGGCAGACGGCCCCGCGGCUAAAGACGCUGGAGGUGCCGUACGUGGACCGCACCCUGUGCAAGAGGAGCAGCAGCGACCACAUCACGCGCUUCAUGUUCUGCGCGGGCUACGACGCGGCGCCCAUGGACGCGUGUCAGGGCGACAGCGGGGGGCCCCACGUCACCGACCACCACGGCACCUGGUUCCUGACGGGCAUCGUCAGCUGGGGCGAGGAGUGCGCCAAGGCGGGGAAGUACGGCGUGUACACGCGCGUGUCGCGCUACUACAGCUGGAUCAGCAACAUCACGGCGAGCCGGUGAGCUCUCCGGAGCAGAGGGAGGGGUGAGGGGGGGGGGGGGGAGUCGAGGCCUCUGGGGAACGCAGACCGGUUCGUCAUCGUUUGAAGGCUGCAGGGUCAUGUGUUUAGAACGGCUUGUCACUACUGGUCCGAGGAACGUGGGCUUUUUGAUGCCUUCUCCGUUGGUUUGGUCACUUGGUAUCAGCGUUGUGAUCCAUCUUAAUUGUUGAUGUGUUGAAUUGAUUAAUUAAACUGAAUGUAAACUCCUUAUUCGUUGUCUGAAAGCGUUUAAGCUUGAUGUCAAACGUAUUGCUAUAUUGGGUGAUGCUUCUUCUAGCACUGUCCUUUUCUUGGUAAGAGGGGCAUCUGGCUAUAUCUGGCAACAAAGAAAUCAAGGAUAAAUCAAUUCAUCUUGUGCUUUUAUUAAAACGAAAAUAAUCAUAUGCAGAAUUAAUUUGAAUACAAUAAAUCCUUUAUAGUUUUACCGACUUCCAUAAAAAUAGAACAGGUUUAAGGUCUGACUGAAACACAUACUGACUUCUCUCACUGAGUCUAGCCUGGCAUUAUUAUAAUGGGCAAAAUACUCAAACAAACUCUACUCCCAAAACCUGAUAUCAACUUGGAUUGCUGAUGACCAAUGAAACGAAGAUGUCUUGAUGACUGAAUACUAAUUUAAAGAAAACGUUAUUGGAUUUUGUCUUUACACAUUUGGAAGUGGAUCUCCAAAUAUCAUAGCAGAUGUGACACAGGGCUAUCAACGGGUCUUCAGGAGUAAACAGAUGAAUGGCAGUGUAUCUUCAAACCCCUCCAAGCAAAUGGUAAUGCAGUCAACAAGCUAAAUAAAGACACACACUGCAGGGCCGCACGGCUCCACCAGGGGGACAAGUGAGCUCGCGAUUCCUCUUUGUGAUUGGAUGACACCCA